AUGGCCUCUCAGCAAAACGGUUCUGCCCACGGGAACCCCACUAAUGAUUUCACCGUCAAGGCCGGUCUGGCUCAGAUGUUGAAGGGUGGUGUGAUCAUGGACGUGGUCAACGCUGAGCAGGCCCGCAUCGCCGAAGAAGCUGGGGCCGCCGCCGUGAUGGCCCUGGAGCGGGUCCCCGCCGAUAUCAGAGCUCAAGGUGGCGUCGCUCGCAUGUCCGACCCGAGUAUGAUCAAGGAGAUCAUGGAGGCCGUCACCAUCCCUGUCAUGGCUAAGGCUCGCAUUGGUCACUUUGUGGAGUGCCAGAUCCUCGAGGCCAUUGGUAUUGACUACAUCGACGAAUCUGAAGUCCUCACCCCCGCUGAUGAUGUCUACCACGUCAUCAAGCACGGAUUCAAGGCCCCCUUCGUCUGCGGCUGCCGCAACCUCGGUGAGGCUCUCCGUCGUAUCUCGGAAGGUGCUGCCAUGAUCCGCACAAAGGGUGAGGCCGGCACCGGGGAUGUCGUCGAGGCUGUCAAGCAUAUGCGUAGCGUCAACUCCCAGGUGGCCCGCGCCCGCGCCAUCCUCACCUCCUCCGCAGACCCGGAGCUCGAGCUCCGCGCCUACGCUCGCGAGCUCGAGGUACCCUAUGAGCUCCUCUACGAGACCGCAGAGAAGGGCCGUCUCCCUGUGGUGAAUUUCGCCGCCGGGGGUGUUGCAACCCCCGCCGAUGCCGCGCUGAUGAUGAAUCUGGGCUGUGACGGCGUUUUCGUCGGCUCCGGGAUCUUCAAAUCUGGCGACGCGAAAAAGCGUGCCAAGGCCAUCGUGCAGGCCGUCACCCACUACAAGGACCCCAACGUCCUGGCGGAGGUCAGCGAGGGUUUAGGUGAGGCCAUGGUCGGGAUCAAUGUAUCGCAGAUGGCCCAGUCGGACAGGCUGGCCAAGCGUGGGUGGUAG